AUGACGAAAAUAACAGAUGCAGCAACGAGACAGGCAGUUCAAAGUGCCUAUGACUCCGUUAGAGCAACUGUUGUGGAAAGUCAAGAAAAAGAGUUACAACAGACCAAAACAGACCUAGUAAAUGCUUUCUUAAGAACGAAAAGUCAGGUAGGACAUUACGCUGCAGAUGGAACAUAUGUGCCAGCUGGUGGAACUUAUAUACCACCAAACCCUCCAAGAGAAGCACCUGCACCAGGACUACCUAAAACAUUUACAUCGUCACAUGGACACAGACACAGGCAUGCACCAAAACCAACACAACAACCAACACAACAACCAACACAACAACCAGCACAACAACCACCUCCACAACCAGCACAACAACCAACACAACAACCAGCACAGCAACCAACAGUUCAAAACCCUGCACAACAACAACCACAAACAGAGCAAGGACAUAAAAGAAGUAGAGAACAAGGAAACCAAGAAUUCUUAAAAAUGCUUAAAGAAGAGUGUGGUUUCCCAGAUACUGUUGACUUUAGUGACAGAUAUAAAGAAGCUAUUGGAAAGUUCAAGGAUGGAAAUACUGACCCGAACCUAUUUAGCUUUAUGGCUCAGCACCAAAACGGAUAUAAUCUCAAACCUGGAAAAUACAAGCUCGCUAAGGGAUAUGAUUUAAUAGCAUAUCAUCCAAAUGACAUGGAUGAAUUUACUCCGAGAUAUUUGAUGUCAGAGCUAAAUGACAAUUCAACUUUCGUCAUGAAACGCGUAAAAAAUAGAGACGGAACGAAAGAACAAAAGCUUAUGAAUGCGGAUGACGUAGAUAGGGAAAUUGUUGAAAACG